AUGCCUUCGGCACCCUGUCAUCAUCCGACGAGAGCGAUGUCUUCGGCACCCCGUCAUCAUUUGACAAGCGAUGCCUUCGGCACCCUGUCAUCAUUUGACAAGAGAGAUGCCUUCGGCACCUUGUCAUCAUCCGACGAGAACGAUGCCUUCGGCACCCCGUCAUCACCUUCGGCACCCUGCCAUCAUCCGACGAGAGAGAUGCCUUCGGCACCCUGCCAUCAUCCGACGAGAGCGAUGCCUUCGGCACCCCGUCAUCAUUUGACAAGCGAUGCCUUCGUCACCCUGUCAUCAUUUGACAAGAGAGAUGCCUUGGGCACCUUGUCAUCAUCUGACGAGAGCGAUGCCUUCUGCACCCCGUCAUCACCUUCGGCACCCUGCCAUCAUCCGACGAGAGAGAUGCCUUCAACACCCUGUCAUCAUCCGACGAGAGCGAUGCCUUCGGCACCCCAUCAUCACCUUCGGCACCCUGCCAUCAUCCGACGAGAGAGAUGCCUUCAGCACCCUGUCAUCAUCCGACGAGAGCGAUGCCUUCGGCACCCCAUCAUCACCUUCGGCACCCUGCCAUCAUCCGACGAGAGAGAUGCCUUCAGCAACCUGUCAUCAUCCGACGAGAGCGAUGCCUUCGGCACCCCAUCAUCACCUUCGGCACCCUGCCAUCAUCCGACGAGAGCGAUGCCUUCGGCACCCCGUCAUCAUUUGACAUAG